AAAGACAUGCUGAGCUGUGCUAUGCGGAGUGUUUAUUUAUGAGGGCAUUACUCACAUUUAUUCAGGAUGAAAAUCUGGUCAGCUUCAUUCGCGGAGCUCUAAAAAUCAGAAGUGCUUAUCAAACUUACAAGACUUGCCUGGACAUGGUCACCCAUCAGCCAUCAUCUCUUCAGCAUUCACCCCAAAGAAAGGACUUUGAAGGAGGAGUUCACCUUGGCAUUGGAGGAUUUAAUUUGAUGUUGUCCCUACUUCCUGCAAAGAUAAUCAAGUUGUUAGAGUGGGUUGGUUUUUCAGGAGACAAGUUUUUAGGUCUGGAUCAUUUAGACCAAGGAUGCAGAGACCAGAACUUAAGAUCGCCCAUGUGUGCUAUGGUUCUGCUCGCCUAUCACAGUGUAAUAACUUAUUACCUAGGAAACGGCGAGGGAGACGUCAUGUACGCCGAGGAAAUUCUCCAGCCACAUCUGAAGGCAUUUCCGAAGGGAGCGAUAUUCUUGUACUACGCUGGUCGUAUAAAACAAGUUCAAGGAAAGUUGGAUGAGGCCACCAAAAGCUACAACGACUCAAUUGCAGUUCAGUCUGAAUGGAAACAGUUCCAUCAUAUCUGUUACUGGGAGUUGAUGUGGUGUUAUUCGUAUGAGGGGGACUGGGCCACAGCGUACCACUAUGCAAGUGUUCUUUUGAAGGAAAGCCGCUGGUCACGGACAUCCUACAUGUAUCUUAAAGCUUGCUUCAGAGUUAUGGCGAGAAUUACAAAUCUGGAGCUCGCGAGAGAAGACGAUCAGGGUGAAAAGGACACUGAGGAGUAUCUUUUCAGGCGACUUCCGGAAUACAAGCAGCGUAUCGCUGGAAAGUCUGUUCCAUUUGAGAAAUUUUCCAUUCACAAAGCUAACAAGUACCUGGAACAAGGCAACCAUUUAUUUCUUCCUGGAAUGGAACUUAUAUUGCUCUGGAAUGGCUUCAAAGUACUUCAUCGCAGGCCGGACUUAGUGGAACCAAUGUUGAAACUUGUCCAAACGUCGCUGGUAGAGUUAGAAGAAACUAAAGGUAAACUAUAAUUAGUAAAAAUUACAGUCGAAAACGCACCAACACAGGUUUCCUAUUAAAUCACCUUUUUUAUUCUAGAAAACCCAUAUUUCUGCUAUUACAUCUACGGUUCAACUAACGAACAUAUAUGACGACCUUUUUCCGAACAAAACCAUGCUCACGAGUUUCCGGUUCCUUAUUCACUUAUUUCCGUGUUAUUGGUACCGCCUAACCAUGAAUACUCCAGGAGUCCUGGAUAAAGAGUAGCAAUGUGAAAUUUAAGCCCAGUCAAGUACUGCAUCACAUACAGCAUUAUAUUGUCGGCGGCUAUGAUUAGAACCCAAACCCCGUCGAGGAGCAGACUUGCAGUUUUGCGUAGACCUUUCAACUGCACUUACCUCUUUAGUUCCAGGUCCCCAGCGUCAUUCCAAAUUUGUUCAUAUUUAAAAAACAAA